CCAAAGCCAAGUCGCGUUCGUCGCGGGCCGGGCUGCAGUUUCCUGUCGGUCGUGUUCACCGGUUGCUCCGGAAAGGUAACUACGCGGAGCGGGUGGGGGCUGGAGCUCCUGUCUACAUGGCGGCCGUGCUGGAGUACCUGACGGCCGAGAUCCUGGAGCUGGCGGGCAACGCGGCCCGCGACAACAAGAAGACGCGCAUCAUCCCCCGCCACCUGCAGCUCGCCAUCCGCAACGACGAGGAGCUCAACAAGCUGCUGGGCAAGGUGACGAUCGCGCAGGGUGGCGUGCUGCCCAACAUCCAGGCCGUGCUGCUGCCUAAGAAGACUGAGAGCCAUAAAGCUAAAAGCAAAUAAGUUCGGCGAGCAAAGCUAUUAAGGCGUAGCACAUUUUAAACCAAAGGCUCUUUUCAGAGCCACCCACAGAAUCAGAAAAGAGUUGUGUUGCUUUCUUUACAACAGUUUCUCAAGCAGUUUAAAUGCAACUUCGUUUCCUAAAAAAAAUUUCUUGAUGCAGUAAUUUAAACCUUUGUUCCUACCGAAGAGAGGUCAUACA